GAAUAUUUGAAUUUUUCUUCUUCGUUAUUUCAGCAACAAGAGCUGGAGAAGGAGUAACAAUAUCAGAGGAUGGUUCUGGGUAUUUUUACUGGACUUCACCGAGUGACUCCUACACCUGUGUGGUUGGGGUUCCUAAGAAAGGGGCCAAGUUUGGUGGACUUAAAGCUUUCAUGACAUAUCCUGUAACACCAUCUUUUAAUAAUGUUCAGGUUUCAAGACGUUACAAGCAGUUUGACUGGCUUCAUGAACAAUUAUCAGCUAAAUUUGGAGUUACCAUAGCAAUACCACCUCUUCCUGAUAAACAGGUGACUGGGAGGUUUGAGGAGGAAUUAAUAGAAAUAAGGAGAAUUGAACUGCAGAGUUUUGCUGAUAGGAUCUGCAGGCACCCUGUACUGUCCCAGAGUGCUGUUUGGAAACAUUUUAUUUCGGAAACGGAUGAAAAGAGAUGGACUGCAGGAAAACGUAAAGCUGAAUCUGAUCCCCUCGUGGGACCUGGCUUCCUCACUACACUGCAAACCCCAGAAAAGGAGGGAAAUGAGGACGCUAUUGCUCUGUUUGUUCCUGCUCUGUUGAAACUAGAUUCAGCAGUUAAGAAUAUGUACUCUUUAACCCAGGAGCAAUCAAAUAGAUACAGAUCUGGCUACAAGAAAAGCAUUCAGAACUUAGGAGGUGGGUUCCAGGGUUUAAGUGCGAGCUUGAACGGUCAACUUCCUCAGCUAGAGAAGAUCGGGACUAGUUUUGUGGAGCUAGGGGAUGUUUUUGAAACACAAGCUCAAAGGUGAUUUUCUAAUAAUUAUUUUUUCUUUUACCAACCUCUC